AUGACCGAAAUAACAAGUUAUGAUUCACUCCGUGAUCCAGAGGCUAAUGAACAUGCCCUGAGACUGUUUGAAGCUACCGUAGCGGCUCAAGAGCUAAGUGCGUAUUUCAGACACACUAUGGUGGGGCCAGAUUAUGAACGAUUGGUCACCGAGUUGCGGGCCGUUUUAGAUGAAAAAGGAUAUAGAGUACCUACAGAGAAUACCCAGAUCUCAAAUCCUAUAACAGUUCUGAAUACCUUUAGAUGCAGGUACGACCGUCCUUGGGGAAAAUCAAUGGUCUCGGCUAUCUCAGCUUGUUCAGGCUUAAUUGAUCUCACCACUGAUUCGGGUACCGAUAGUCCAUCGGAAUGA